CUCAGCCUCUCCCCGCCUGGGGCCGCCGCCGCGCCAGUGGUGGCUCCGCGUUUCCAAAAGGGGCCCUCCGACUCCUCGCUGGGCCAGUCCGGCGCUGAGUCGUGGAGCCCCGCACAACUCCCGCUGGUCGCUGAACGGGAUCCCUCCUCCCCAGAGUUGCGAACAACUUUCGGUGGCUCGGGGACCGUGGCCGCCGCAGGUAGCUGAACUCCGGGCCACGCUCCCUGCGCCUCGGCUGAGCGCGCUCGCAGGUCGCUCUCUCUCCGGGUGCACGCUGGGGGUCCCCGAGCUCGGCUCUGCGGGCGAGAUGCCCCUAGGACAUAUCAUGAGGCUGGAUCUGGAGAAGAUCGCCCUGGAGUACAUCGUGCCCUGUCUGCACGAGGUCGGCUUCUGCUACCUGGACAACUUCCUGGGCGAGGUGGUGGGCGACUGUGUCCUGGAGCGAGUCAAGCAGCUGCACUGCAACGGGGCCCUGCGGGACGGCCAGCUGGCCGGGCCCCGAGCCGGCGUCUCCAAGCGGCACCUGCGGGGCGACCAGAUCACGUGGAUCGGGGGCAACGAGGAAGGCUGCGAGGCCAUCAGCUUCCUCUUGUCCCUCAUCGACAGGCUGGUCCUGUAUUGCGGGAGCCGGCUGGGCAAAUACUACGUCAAGGAAAGGUCCAAGGCGAUGGUGGCUUGCUACCCAGGAAAUGGAACAGGUUAUGUUCGACAUGUGGACAACCCCAGUGGUGACGGCCGCUGCAUCACCUGCAUCUACUAUCUGAACAAGAACUGGGAUGCCAAGCUACAUGGUGGGGUCCUGCGGAUAUUUCCAGAAGGGAAAUCGUUCAUAGCGGAUGUGGAGCCCAUUUUUGACAGACUCUUGUUCUUCUGGUCAGACCGCAGGAACCCACAUGAAGUCCAGCCUUCCUAUGCAACCAGAUAUGCCAUGACUGUUUGGUACUUUGAUGCUGAAGAAAGGGCAGAAGCCAAAAAGAAAUUCAGGAAUUUAACUAGGAAAACUGAAGCUGCCCUCACUGAGGACUGACCCUGAUCUGAAAUCCGCUGGCCUCAUUCAUUUUAGUAACAGUUCCUGAAUUCACUUUUAAGAGUGGAGAUCCAAAGAAGGCCACUUCUUUAGUGACUCGGUGAUGAGAACCCCCCUACUGCUUGCAUCAUUCACAUCCCUGUCUUGCGUACGGUACUUUGUGUUUUCUUGCCAAGACUGCAUCUACCUUCAGACACUCUCUUUACCAGAUGAACUCAUUUGCUAACUCCAGAAAUACCUGCAGACGACCUAGCUGGCCAGCGGUUUAAUUGUCAGAUUUGGUAAUCCUGGGUAUCAAAGCAAGAACCUGGAAGCACAGGCGAGGGACUGAAUCUUACUUGCACUUUAUGUACACUUCCUGAUUUGAAAGGAGGAGGUUUGCAAAGAAGUUAGACGGCGACAGAUGCCACAGAGAGGCAUCACUGAAGCCUUAACAGCAGGAAACAGAAAUCUGUGUCAUCUGAACAAUUUCCAGAUGUUCUUAAUCCAGGGCUGUUGGGGUUUCUGGAGGAUUAUCACAACCUAAUGACGUUAUUACCUCUAGAAAGGGCUGCUGUCAUAGUCAUCAAUUUCUAAGUAUCCUGUGGGUGGACACUCCUUUUUCAUGGUCCUGCAAACUGGACUUGCUGCCUCUGCCCCAUUUUGCUGAAAAUAUGACUUUCUGAUCAAAGAUGACAACACCAUUUAUUUUCUAUUUUCACUUCUGACUUAGAGAACCUAAUUCAUUAAUUGUUCUGGUUGCUUUGUUGAAAUGAAAUUUGAAUUUAAAUCAAAGGGUAAAAAAUCUUCCUGGUAGUUUAGAGCCGACAACGUCUGACAAUGGUGUCAAAAGACCUGGGUCUACUGGUAUACAAUAAACGUGUGCAUCUUGAACGAUU